GUCUGCGCCCCGAGCUGCGCUCGUUCCUCCGCCAACCGGCCGGGUUCCCUCCGCAAGGCCUCCAGGCCCAGCCCCGCCAGCGCCGACAGGUAGGUCGCCAGCUCCGCGUCCCCCGCCGCCAGGGGCGGAGGCAGCGGCGAGGUCGCCCCGCGGAACAGCCAUGCCAGCAGGCUCGCCUCCUCUAGGUCCGCCGAAGGCUCCGGGGCCGCCAUCGGGCCUCCCUCGACGUGGACCAGGAAGUGAUCGCUAUGGCAACCGGGAGGCCGCGCUAGCCAGAGGCGGAGGCUAGUCCUCCGUGGCAGAUCCGGGUGCCGCUCUGCCCGAAACCUCUGUGUUCGUAUGACGUAACCAGGAGGUCACGCAACGACGCUCCGACAUGAAAAUCACUUGCACUCUAUUGUGACCAUAGACAUAUUUCUGUGUGUCAGCCUAGAGUGGGAAGAGCCUAUGAGUGUAGGACACCCGAACGUAGCUUGAUGUUGCAACUUCCGCUUCACGUCUUUGAUCCGAGGCUUCCUUGAAUUGGAACCACGCGGGUCUCCGGCGUCUUCUCGGGAGGUGCGAUGCGGCCCCUCACGGAGGAAGAAACGCGUGCGCUCUUCGAGAAGCUCUCCAAAUAGUAAGCGGGGUGGCUGUGGUGGCAUUUGUGUUCUCUGGGUUCAUUAGGCUUUAUGAUUAAACCAUGGAACUCACUGACACAAGAUACCCGGAUCCCCACCCAAUGGACAGAGGGAAUUAGAGAAAUCAGUGAAGGAGGGGAAGUUUGUCUCUUGCUGUUGGCCCAGAAAGUAAAAUGGAAGCGUCGUUGAACCAUAGCGGUGGAAGAUACCGCAAAGGUCCUCUAGCCCACCCCAAUGGAUGUAGAGAAUCACAACAUUAUAGGCAGGCAGCGACCCAUGCUCUGCUGCGAGGAAGCGGGCACCCACCUUCCCAUACAGACUGUACCAGUGUGGAAUAGCUCUUCUUAAUCUUCCACGGAAUACCACUAGCUGGGAGACAACAGCAGGAGAACUAGAUGGGUCGUGUUUAAUGCAGAAAAAUAAUUACAGGGAUUAUAGGGAAGUCAGUAUAAUAGUUUAAAAUUGAAGUCUUCAUAUACAGAGGCAGUAUGUCUUAGAAAUGGUUGCUGUUCUCCACCCCUGCUUGCUGGCUCCCUGCAGGCAUUUGACUUGCUUUUGCCAGGAGGAGGAGGCUGAACUAAUUGGGCAUUUGGUCAAAUCUAGCAUAAGAGGGCUAUUCUCAUGUUUUCUGGGGACUGGCUGACAGUGUGUCUCUUUGUUCCAACCUUUUUAAGUAUUGGUGAGAACAUCCAGCUCCUGGUUGACCGGCCAGAUGGUGCCUACUGCUUUCGCCUGCACAAGGACCGUGUCUAUUACCUCAGGUGAGGAGGCCCUACAUACACCCUGGGGCAUGUUAUUAAUGUUAACACCUUCAUCCAUAACACACAUUAAGUAAAAAUAAAAGGAUGGAUCUUUGAACAUGUGUAAGGCUCUCUUCCUCUUCCAGAAUGUACCCACGUCUUUGUGGGUGGGGAGAAGAGUGGAGGCAUCUAUGGGGGAAAGGAAAGGGCCUGUUUUCUUUUGUAAGAUGCUGCUUGUUCUCACUACAGAGCUGCAAGGUGCUGGGAAAGAGAUCUUGUUUCCCUUGUGUUUUUAGCAGCAGAAGAGCAAAAGAUGUAAAAGGAGCUGAACUGAACUAAGGGAAGCUGUACUCAUGGACAGUCUUUCAUAUGCAAAUAAAGGACAGAGAGGAGGGACUUGGUCUCAUAAUUUAACUCUGAGCUCCCGUCUCGUCUGAUCCAGUUUUUGGCACAUUUUAUCACUUCCAGUGCAAGUGCACCACAUUGUAUUUGGGGACCAGGAGUGGCUAUAAGGUCUUUCUUGUUUUAGGGUUGCUUGGAUUAAAUCCCCAAACCUGCCUUUCCAUCAUCUCAGUAUCCCCAAUUUGGUUUAGGUACCUUAAAGCUUCUCCUCUCCCCUAUGGAAGCAUAUGACCAAAAAGCCACAAUAUUGGCUGCAGGUACUUGGAGUGUGCCUCAGGCCACAGCAUGGUUCAGUGAUGCUCUGAUGGUGACUUUGGAGCUUCUGAAUCUGGAGAGACCGAGUCCUAAUGAUAAGUCUUUGCUUUCUGUUUCUUAGUGAGAAGAUUCUGAAGCUUGCUACAAACAUCCCCCGGGAGAAUCUGGUGUCUCUCGGCACCUGCUUUGGAAAGUUCACCAAGAGCCAGAAGUUCCGACUCCACAUCACUGCCCUUGAUUACCUUGCUCCCUACGCCAAGGUAAAGAUGGCACAGAGGACCAUUUAUUUGAGGGGCACUAUCCUACCAAAAUAGGUACCGCUCUGGUGGGAAGGUAAAUGGCGUUUCCAUGCGCUGCUCUGGUUUCGCCAGAAGUGGCUUAGUCAUGCUGACCACAUGACCCGGAAGCUGUACGCCAGCUCCCUCGGCCAAUAAAGCGAGAUGAGUACUGCAACCCCAGAGUCGUCUGCAAUUGGACCUAGCGGUCAGGGGUCCCUUUAUCUUUACCUAGCCUACCAAAAAUGUCAAAACACCUGUAGUGCUGUGUGGGGUGGGGACCUGCUAGCUGUUUAUUGGGAAGGAGAGUAUUUUUUUCCCUUGUGCUAAUCUAAGGAGGACAAGAAAGGGAACCCGUGUAGUGGUACAUUUAAUGUAACUCAAAGAGGAUAUCUCUCAUUUUUUUUCUCAUGCAGUACAAAGUGUGGGUGAAGCCUGGAGCAGAGCAGUCCUUCCUUUAUGGGAACCACAUACUGAAGUCUGGCUUGGGGCGCAUCACAGAGAGCACUGCCCAGUACCAGGGUGUGGUGGUAUAUUCCAUGGCUGACGUCCCCCUGGUGAGUGACACCUAGUGGGUAGGUGGGUGGGUAGGUUGGAUGGUUGGACCCGAGUGAAUUUGAAGUUAAGACAAUGCCCCUCCAAGGUCUUAAUGCCUUCCUUGUUCCAAUUGACCUUCUUAGGGCUUUGGAGUGGCAGCCAAGUCCACCCAGGAGUGCCGGAAAGUGGACCCCAUGGCGAUCGUGGUUUUUCACCAAGCGGAUAUUGGAGAAUACAUACGGCAUGAAGAGACGCUGACAUAAAUGGCAGGGCAGAAAGCCCCAAAGACUGACUUUCCCUCAGAUAGAAGCUGCAGGCUUUCAACCAGCCUGUGCCCCUUUUCAUGCAGACUGUGGAAGGCGCAACUGUGUAGGUUGCUAAACUGCCAGCAAAAUACCUGUCUACCUCCUGAUGGCCACAGUGAGACUGUAGAUGAGUCACAAAACUUUGGGAUGUAGCUGCAGGCCUGGCAGUUCUAGGGACACAGCUACAAUUCUGACACAGUAAAGCUAUUUCAUUUUUCUCCUUUCA